ACUAAACAAAGGAAAUGUAAUCGUGUGGGGGGUGGAAACUUUCAAACAUGAGGCGAGAGGAGGGACUUUCAUUUGGAAGUCUUUGAUUGGCUCUUUCCGGUCCGUCAAACUUACAACUGUCCAAUGAAAUCAUUGAAUGUGUUUGACCAAUGAAAAUACGCCAUCAGAGGCGCGCGUCACCUCUUCACAGAAUUAGCAUAGAGGAGGGUAUAAAUACUUCUGUGAGCGGAAUAAGAAUCAUUAUUCUGAGUUUCUUCUUCAGAUCAUCAUGCCUGAACCAGCCAAAUCCGCCCCGAAGAAAGGAUCCAAGAAGGCCGUCACAAAGACCGCCGGUAAGGGAGGAAAGAAGCGCAGAAAGUCCAGGAAGGAGAGUUAUGCUAUCUACGUGUAUAAAGUCCUGAAACAGGUUCAUCCUGACACCGGGAUCUCUUCCAAGGCGAUGGGAAUCAUGAACUCUUUCGUCAACGACAUCUUCGAGCGCAUCGGCGGUGAAGCGUCUCGUCUCGCUCACUACAACAAGCGCUCCACCAUCACAUCGAGAGAGAUCCAGACCGCCGUGCGUCUGCUGCUGCCCGGUGAACUGGCCAAACACGCCGUGUCUGAGGGCACAAAGGCCGUCACCAAAUACACCAGCUCAAAGUAGAAGAACAUCCUGUUUUCUCAAUCAACCAAAGGCUCUUUUAAGAGCCAAACAUGUUCUCAGUUAAAGAGUUUCUUUUACAUCGGUGGACUAGGAUGGUAUAAACGUGUUUCGUAUAAAAUUAUUCAUUAGAAAUGUGUUUUUAUCAGUGGUAACCAUCUUAAUAUCAAACAAACGUAAUUAAUUUUUUACAGAGGACAAACUGUGUUCUGUUUUUCUCAUGAUUGUGACGGUAACUUUGAAAAGGGAGCGAUGUUAGUAAUUGAAGCAAUUGACCCUUCGCUGUUUGUGUUAUGUGCUAUCCGCCAUUUUGUCUAACAAAGGCGUAGUGGACUAACCGUGCGUUCAGACCAGAGGCGUCGAGCGCGUCAAAUCGACCGGAAGUCUUUCAUUUUCUAUGGCAGCCGAAGUCUCUCGGCGUCGAGAAGCGGCGCGGCCGAGGGCGGCAUGUCUUGUGCGGCGUUUUUGGGCGGUAUGGGCUUAGAGGAAAGUUCAAGUACUUGACAACAUUAUGGUAAUGAUCUGUGACGCGGUUCCGCGGCAACCUCUUGGAGUAUAGAAGUGCUCCGCUCUAGCGAAGUCUAGAGAACACAACAGUGUAAACUUUGGUUCCCACCAAACAUUAGUUCCGAAGACAAAAUGGAGGAGAAACUGAUUAUUGCCGUGGCGGGUUUUCCCAUAUAUAUGACCUGUCUUGUUUGCUUACAGGGAUAUAAAUAAAAUAAAAAAACGAUGCGUGGAUAAAUGUGUCUGAAAUUGUUAGUGUGCCAGGUGAGUUGAAGUGGAUAUAAUGGUUUAUAUAAUAUUAUUUAAUAAUAUAUUAAAAUAUUGCAUGAGGAUAUUCGCUACUUGUUAUAUGUAGUCAAAAAGAUACCGAUCGACAUGUCUGGAUGUUUGUGGCCCCUUUAAAUAUAGUUGAGUCAUUCUAUGACACUGGUGCCAUUUGGGUCCGCAACGUUUGAUGAGAUAAGGCACACAAAAUGUCCCAAAGUGUGUUUCCAAAGCUUAAAGGUAUUCAAUCAAGUGUUCUUGUUAACAUGAUAUAUGAUAAAAAUACUAUUCUUAAAGAGUAACAUACUAUUUUUAAUAAUUUUUCAU